AUGGUCUUCGAGACUACUUCUUUCUACCAGACCAUCAAUAAAACCCCUCUAUCAAAAUACCUCGAAGGCUGGGAUGACUUCAACUAUGCCAGCGAAUCCUCCUUCACAGCUGCCCUGAAGCUGUAUGAUCUCAGCCGAGUCAAGUUCAAAGUGAUCGUGAGCAUCCCAGGGGUUCACCAUGGUGUGAGUAGUGAGCGAGUGGGUUCGGGAAGGUUGCAGAGGGUGCUCGAAGAGGAAGGCUGGAUGCCUCGAGAGGAGAGUCGAUUGACUAUGGCCUAUAAAAGCUCGAACUUGGGCAAAUAUCGACUCGCUUGGCUCAAGAACUUUUACGGCAAGUGCGCAGGUCGAGCAAAGACGAUGUGCCCCCCGAAUUUCACCUUCGAAUCCUAUACCCAACUGAGAAAAGUAUCCCAGAAGGUCAUACAUACCAUUGCAGAACUCUGCUUCAUGUGUGGCUGUUUCGGGUUCAACCAUGUCACGCGCCCCUUGUUCCGGGAUGUCAAGCCCAAGAGACCGAACCUCAUCAAUGCAAAGACUAUCUCAGCCCUAUUUGAAGAUAUCACUCCGGUCGAUAUUCUCCCAUCAGGGUCGUCCGCUCCAACAAGACCACCCGGAUCUGCGUCAGGGUGGAUGUAUGUCGGAACCCACUCGCUCUAUGCGUCUGCUUGGGGUAUAUACUGGCAAAAAGCGAUGGGCGGAGGCAUCAAGCAGACGCGGGCCAAGAUAUUCAACUUUGAUCUGGGCAUAGUAUUUCCUCUUCCUUCAAACCCGAAAGUAGCAGCGUAUCAAGCACAGAACGUAGUCCCCUUCUGGCUGCCAGGUGACGAGUACGGUGAAGACGAUAUCCCUUUUGAUAUCGGCCACGUCAAUAUGCUCGAUGGUUAG